AUGCCUCUCUUUGGAUCGAAUGAUGCCUCUACGCGAGGUCAUGCGGGUUUCUGGUCGAGUGUUUUGACAACCCGAGUCGGAAGAUCGAGAAUUAUCAGCGAUACACAAUUGAAGAUUGAAAACACCUGCGCUUUGUGGUUUUUAAAGAUAAUAUUUGCAAUUUUUCUAGUUGCAGCUCCAUUAACUUUGUUUUACGCAGAAAAUGAAGCAAUGUUAAUGCAACAUGCUUUUUUGGAAGUUGUGAGAUCAACUCGAACCAUCGUUGACCCCAUAAACUCAAAACCAAGACCUGAGAAUAAUAAUCAAUUAAUUUUCUUUCAUGUUCCUUCUCACAAUAUUCGCACUGAACAUCCAAUUCAAGAUCGAGAUUUUGGAUUGACGUUUAACGGAGCUUUUGAAGUCAAUAGAAAGACAGAAUACUGCCAAUGGAUUGAAAGUCAUCAUGAUGAGGAGAAAACUCGCUCUGAUGGCUCCAAAUAUACAGUAAGAACUUAUUAUUACAAUAGAGGGUGGGUAGACCAUUUGAUUCCAAGUCUUUUCUUUGAUCAACCAGUGGCUCAUCAUAAUCCUCAACGAGAUCCAUUUCCAUCUGUCACACAAAAAGUUGAAGGUGUCACUCUUGGAAAAUUCCAUCUUGGCCCGAAUUUGAUCGAAAAGAACCAAAUACCAGCAAGAAAAAUUGAAUUUUCACCUGAAGAACUAAGAAAGAUUACAAAUACUCCUGCAAACAGUGCCAAUAAUUUCAAAUAUAUUGGAAAUGGUUACUUCUUCUCUGCCUAUGAACCAUCCACAAAUGAGAAGGCGCUUAAAAUUAUGCUUGGAUUUUUAGAAGGCUCAUUAUUUGACUGGCAAGUUGGAGAUUUAUUUUCCAAUUGUCAGCCUGGUGAUAUUCGUGUGAGCUUUAUUCAUAAGAAACCAGAUGUCAACAAGGGAGUUUCUGUUAUUGCACGUCAGGCAAGCACCAAUGGAGAACUCGAACUUUUCAAAGCCUCCAAUGGAUAUCAUGUUGGUGUCGUUCACGAAGGAUACUACCCUUCACCAAAGGAAAUGUUUGAUCAAGAGAUUGAAUUCUACCGAUGGUCUAUGUCAGGUCUUCUUGGAGCAAGAGCUCUUAUUAUCGUGUGGGGAAUUGUUGUCUCUCUCGUCCUUCUCGGUGAUUAUGUUGCAAGUGUCUCUGAUUUAUUCCUCUCCACGACCAUGCUUUCCUCCUUAAUGAUCGGUUUCGUUUGGCUCUCUCUAUUCUUUUCUCAUGGUGAGGGUUUCACAUCGGCACUUCUCUGUUUGGGAGCGAGUGCAUUGAUUGGUUAUGUUUUACAAACAUCCACUUCACAAAAGCAAUUUGGUCAAAAUGAUGGUGUCUAUUCCUCUCAAUCCAAGAAAAACUAA